UUAUUUUCGCCGAAUAUUCUAUUGUGAUGGCUGUACCGGCAACUAUUUGGAAAUACGCGAAAACUACAAGAAUUCAAGUCAAAGUUUCAACCAUGUCUGACGAAAUUACGUGAAAAGCAGCAGCCAUUUUGAUUACGUUGCACUCCUUGGCCUCGUAACAGUGACGUGUAGAGUUUUCCGUGUGAUGAUAGUGCGAUAUAAUUCUCGAAGUUUUCCCUUUUCGGAAGAUUCGCACAUCGUAGAAAGUUAGUAAUUAAGAAUGGAGCACGCUCAAAUCCAGGGCUCUGAUGGAGCUCAGGUGAUGACAAUAAACGGGCAGCAACUGCAGGUGCUGCAAAUGAACAACUCUGCACCACACAUGAUACAAGGCCCUAACGGACAGCAAAUUGUGGUACAUGCUGUGCCCGCUAGUGCCCCUGCUAUACAGGUGGCAACACCAAACGGUCAGCAGCUUCAGCAGUUACAAGUUGUGCCUAUAUCUAGCAUUCAAGCUGGAGGUAACAUACAGCCGAUGCAAUUGGUGCAGACUCCAGACGGACAGACAUUCAUUUACCAGCCAGUAGCAGCCAGCGCUCAGCCUACCAUAGACCAGCACCAGAUCAUACACCAACCUACAAUGAUAAAUCUGAACGGUAAUUUGGUGCAAGUGGCGGGUGUCGGCAAUGCAGUUCAGGCACAGCAGAUAGUAAACCAACCUAAUAUUGUUAUGAUGGUAAACAACGCAAACAACAAUGCCGGAGCGAGUACUUCAGUGUCGGAAGGCGCCAGUUCAUCCGCCGCAGGGUCUGAUGAGGAACCACUUCUGUACGUCAACGCGAGGCAGUACAAGCGCAUUCUGAAGCGAAGAGCUGCCAGGGCUAAGCUGCACGAGCAAGGGAAGAUACCUAAGGAAAGACCUAAAUACCUUCACGAGUCGCGACAUAGACACGCGAUGAACAGAAUACGAGGCGAAGGCGGCAGAUUCCAUUCAGGCAGCAGAAAACAUUACAGGAAUAUGGAGAAUAUGGAGCAAAUCAGCGACGACCAGAAGUUGCUGGAAGAUAUCAAACCCGAUACUGUUUCAAUCACAAUCAUACAGGAUGAUGAAACUCAAGAACAACAGCCAACUCAGUGGAGGCGGUUAGCACCGCAGCAGACUCUUCAAUCCACGUAGCAGUUGUCUGAUGAAGACGAGACCUAAGGAGACUGUCUGUGACCGAGUAACUGGCUGACAAACAGUGCUGACUGGGUUCCAGUCUAGUGACAAGCAAAUGUUCGAGUGAAUUCUGUGUCUUUUGGCACAGCAGUGUGCAAUGCUCAGUCCGUGAGCUAAACUGUGACUCCUAAAACACCAGGAUACCAUAAAGGCUGAUUGUGAAUAAACUUCGUAUGUUAGAGGCUAAGUCAGUUUUAUACAAGUAAUCUAUACUAAUAUUAUAAAGAGGAAAACUUUGUUUGUUUGGUUGUAAUGGAUAAACUCAAAAACUACUGGACCGAUUUUAAAUAUUCUUUCACCAUUAGAAAGCUAUAUUAUCUGCGAGUAACAUAGGCUAUAUUUUAUCCCGGUGUGGGCAGUAGCUCCCGUGGGACUCGGGUGAAACCGCGGGAAAACGGCUAGUAAUAAAUAUCAACAUUUUGGUUAGUUUUGUGAUGUGAUUUUAAGGAAUUUGUUAACUGUUUUGAUUCCAAAAUUAUGGUGUGAUCUAUUUUUUAUUGUUAAACUUUAUGAAUGUGGAAUGUGAAAGUUGUCUUUAUUCAUUUGAGUCAGUUUCUGUGAAUUUCUUCUUUUUUAGCCUUCAUUUUAACAGUUAUUAUUCCAUUGUUUUAUAUUAGAAGCCAAAGAGCUGUUCUGAUAGUUUCACAGUUUGUUUUUGAAAGUUUUCGGGUGACUUGUAUGUAUGUAAAUAUUUAUGUUAGUGAUACUCUUAAGAUUUUAACUGAGGAACUUUUAUAACGCAAUUUAAGUACAAAAUAAAUAUGCACUUACAAAAAAA